UUUAAUUAUUAUUAGUAUUUACAGGGGGAGGGGGGCGGUUCUUUGACGAGAGGAAAACAGACGUCACCUUUCAAACUCCAGUUCAACCGAGGGAUGAUGCCAAGUCAGACCUGAGCAGGGCUUCAAGUAUGUCCUCUGCACACGAACAAAAGUUUUAGCAUUUCGUGAAGCAUGGAAAACUCUGGCAGGCCUCACCGGGCUAAGCAAGGCAACAGAGACAGGGGAGCAGCCGACAAGUCAGAGAGCUGGAGGACGCAGGACCACGUUCGAGGACAGAACUUCAGACCAGAGGGAGGUCAGCACGGCAAGAAGGACCAGGGUGGGAGCUACUGGGCCAGUCCCAAAAAGGGAGGACUCGGGCCCCUGAGCUACUCCCCCGGUGGAUUCACGGGUGGCCACAGCCCCUCUCAGACAGAUGACCGUCAGUGGUUCUCGGGUCCUGAAAACAGUGGCGGGGGACGGGACGAAUACUGGAGAGACCGCUCUCAACAGCAGCAGCAGCAGCACUGGAGGAGGAGCAACCAGGGAGAUGGUUCAAAAGAUGACAGGGAGCAGGGGAGGAGAGAUCCCGGAGAUGAGAGUGCUAAUAAACAAGGGAGGAGACGACGAAACAGAAACAAGAAGAAGCCUUUUAUUGAGGAGAACAGGGGCCCCAUGAUAGAUGAUCCUGCACUUUCAGCCAAAGACCGACAGAAUGCAGAGAGGAGGCUCAACAGGGACGAGGUCUAUAGCCUCAAGAAGAAGUCCCACAGCAACCCUGCUGCACUUUACACCUGCCACCUGUGCGACGUUCUCCUGGAAUCUGUGUCUGAGGCUUUCUUUCAUAUCAGAGACAAGCGGCACAAGAGAAGGGCCAGGGAGAAGCAGGAACAGGUGAUGCUGACUGAGAUUGUGCUUCCUGGUCUGGAGCAGAUCAGUGCAGUGACUGCUGCACUGAACGCUGUGGUCCAAGAACAUGGCUUGAAUGACCAGGAUGUUGAGAAGAGACAGAAUGUCGUCUCCAUCAUGCAAGACCUUCUUCUGUCCGUCCUGCCUGAGAUCCGACUCAGGCUAUAUGGAUCAUCUUGUACAAAAUUUGGAUUUAAGGAUUCUGAUGUCAACAUUAACAUUCAGUAUCCACCUCACAUGCAUCAGCCAGACGUCUUGUUCAUGGUUAAGGAGUGCCUCUCCUUGACCCCUCUCUUUGUUGACCUGGAGGCUGAUUUUCACGCCAGAGUGCCUGUGGUCAUUUGCAAAGAGAGAACGAGCGGCCUGGUCUGCAAAGUGAGUGCGGGGAAUGAAAACGCGUUCCAAACCACCUCCUAUCUGUCUGCUUUAGCCAGUAAGGAGCAUCUCCUCCUCCCGCUGGUUCUGGCUUUCAGACGCUGGGCCCAGAUCUGUGAGAUCGACCGUGCAGAGGAAGGAGGGCUGCCGCCGUACGUCUUCGCCCUCAUGGUUAUUUAUUUCUUGCAGAAGCGCAAAGAGUCCCUGCUGCCCACCUACCUGAACCAGGAGAUUAAGGUGUUUUCACUCAGCAGGCUGUCAGACUUCAAUCUCACACAUGUGGAGGAUGGAUAUUUACACUGGGCCUACACCCCGUCCUCCAAAGAGUCAUCGCAGCCAGCAGAGGGCUGCUGCAUAAAGGGGAAGGUUCCACUGGUGUUUCAGAGCCCCCGCCCCACGGAGGAAGUUGGGCUUCUCUGGGUGGAGAUGCUACGCUUCUACUCACUGGAGUUCAACAUGGCUGAUAAUGUGAUCAGUGUGCGGACCAGUGCUGUCCUCUCCAGAGAGAUGAAGGACUGGCCAAAGAAACGCAUCGCUGUGGAGGAUCCAUUCGCUGUUAAGAGAAACGUGGCGCGCUCCGUCAACAGUCAGCAAAUGUUCGAGUACAUCGUCCACUGCCUCAAAACCACAUUCAAGUAUUUUGCACUGCCACUCAAUACGCCAGCUUCUAAUCCCAAGAAAAAGUCAAAGCAGGGACAACUUCAGGGGACAAAUGCUCAGGCUUUGGGGGAUGAGACUGAGCCUUUGUCGGGCUUCGGUCGGCUCAGCGUCCAGUCACAGUCUGCGGGUCAACCUAAAGCUGGAGAAAAUGGUCCCGAAGACUCCGAUUGCAUCAUCGAGGAAGAGGAGGAGGUCGAAGAAUACAGCGACUCGGAUGAAGAGCGGGACAAGGAGGAAGUCGACCUGUGCAAAAGCAGUCUCUCGGACCAGGAGGAAGACGAGGAAGAGCAGUUCGAGGACGUGGACACUGAUGCGGACACGAAUAACCGGCAGCACCUGGACAGCUUCACCACAGAGGACGAGGACUUUUUGCUAGCGGACGAGAUAUCGGGGGAGGACCUUUUGUCCGACGAGGAGGGUCCAGAUUUUUUCUCAGUGGAUGAGGAAGAGGAAGAAGAGGCGGAGAUUGCGCCUGGCGGUGUCUCACCUCCACCUUCAGCGGAUAAGGAUAAAGACGAGGGCCCAGAAGAUAAAAAACAAAACCAGAGCACACCACGUUAUGAGUUCACCAAGCAGGCUUUCACCAGAGGAAGGUCGCACAUGGUCGUGUGCAGCUUGUGCAAACGUGAUGGUCACCUGAAGAAAGACUGUCCAGAAGAUUUCAAGAAAGUGGACCUGGACCCCCUGCCCCCGAUAACACCAGAGUUUCUCAGUGUCCUCGAUAAAGUCUGCGAGCAGUGCUACAACGACUUUGCCCCAGAUGAGCUGGAAGUUAGUGUAAGAGAUCACAUAGUUCAAGACCUGGAGGCCUUCGUCAGACGACAGUUUACUGGGGCUCGACUGCAACUAUUUGGAUCGUCCAAAAAUGGCUUCGGCUUCAGGCAGAGCGACCUAGACAUCUGUAUGGUGUUGGAGGGGCAGGAAAACUUAGAUGAUUCUCACUGCAUCAGUUUCAUCGAAGGCCUAGCGAGGUUGCUAAAGAAACACCCAGGUGUAAAAAACAUCCUACCCAUCACUACAGCAAAAGUUCCCAUUGUGAAGUUCUACCAUGUUCGCACUGGCUUGGAGGGAGACAUCAGCCUCUACAACAUGCUGGCCCUGCAUAACACACGGCUGCUAGCUUCAUAUGCUGCCCUCGACCCAAGAGUGAAGAUCCUCUGUUACGUCAUGAAGGUUUUUGCCAAGAUGUGCGACAUUGGUGACGCUUCACGUGGCAGCCUCUCGUCGUACGCCUACACCCUCAUGGUGCUGUUCUUCCUUCAGCAGAGGAACCCGCCGGUCAUUCCUGUGCUGCAAGAGAUCUACGAUGGAAAGAAGAAGCCAGAAGUCCUGGUUGAUGGAUGGAACGUGUACUUCUUUGACGACUUAAAAUCACUACCGAGCCGUUGGCCCCAGUACGGGAAGAACACUGAGACGGUGGGGCAGCUGUGGCUCGGCCUGCUCCGCUUCUACACCGAGGACUUUGACUUCAGAGAGCACGUCAUCUGCGUCCGCCAGCAGGCCCGUCUCACCACCUUCAACAAGCAGUGGACGUCCAAGUACAUCGUCAUUGAAGAUCCGUUUGACUUGAAUCAUAAUCUGGGUGCUGGUCUGUCCAGGAAAAUGACCAACUUCAUCAUGAAGGCUUUUAUUAACGGCAGAACUGUGUUUGGCACCCCAGUCAAAGUCUUUCCUCCUAUUUACAGCAGUAAAAUGGAGUAUUUCUUCGAUCCCGCUGUUCUCACGGAGGGCGAAGUCGCUCCCAACGAUCGCUGCUGCCGCAUCUGCGGCAAGAUCGGACACUUCAUGAAAGACUGCCCCAUGCGUAAGAACUCCAAGCACAGAAGGGAUUCGGAGAAAAGAGCGGAGCACCUGCGGGACAGAAUGGACGCGGCGGAGGACGGCAGGGAUCAGGGCCGACACAAGAGUGAACACUGGAGGAAACGAGAUGCACUGGAGAUGCGCUGCUGCUACCUGUGUGGGUCCAGCGCCCACAUCAAGAAGGACUGUCAGCUUUACAGAAGCCCUGCAGGCAAUGUGAAGAUGGAAAACUUUUCUUCCUCCUCUUCACCCCACUUGAGGAUUUUAAGAGAAAGGGAGAAGCAGGGUUCACCUACACAAGAUGAGAAGAAGAAGAAGAACAAAAAGAGAAAGCAACAAAAUAUAACGUUAAGUCCACAAGCAGGAAGCUUAGCCUGCCGAAAUUAUUCUUCCUCCGGACACAGGAGGAGCCCAGUGGAAUGAGCUGCACCUCUGGACACAAAAACCACGAGAUUCUCCUCUUGUCCAGGCAGACAGAAAUCCUUAAAAAUCUGAAUGGUACUGUUGGGCCAACGGGAGCCUGUUAAAAGCCAAAGCCAGGACACCUUGACUUGAAGCCAAAUAGGGCCUUUUUAUGUGCGUUUCAUUUUUCCCCCUUAAUGUCCUCCUCCUCAGAGGAGCUUUUUAAAUGUUUUGUUUUAACAAGGCAAGCCAUUAUGCAUGCACCUCAUGUCUUUGUUAAAAAAAAAAAAAAAAAGUCACAUUUCAUGCAAUGUCUUUACAGACUCACUUUGAGUGAAACUGCUCAAAUUAGAAUUGAAUAUUCCAGAAAUGUGUCUGUCCAGUGACCGGAAGCUCGGAUAUUUAUAAUCGGACAUCUUUUAAAGAUGACUUAUUAUAUAUUUGUCUCGUCCUUGAUACUAACAACUGUUGUCACGGUCAUCAAAUAAUCAUUUUCUGUACAUGUAUUUUCCAAAUUACAAGGGUUGUUAAGACAUUUCUUGAGAUUUAACACAAAAAAAAGAGAGAUUUGAGUAGCAGUGUGUCUUUUCUUAUGGCCAUGAUCUUUUUUUUAAAUUAAAUUUACAUCCCGUGUAAUUUGUCCUGACAUGAUAUCCAUCACUUCACGCCUCCCCCUUCAGCUCUGAACGCAGUCCUACCUGCAAUAAGGCUUGUCUUAGUUAGAGAAAGCAUCGGUCUUUAAUUACUUUUUCAGCAUCAUAGUCUAUUUUCUCAGACUGCUGACUCAUCCGUAUCCAUGGAUACACACUGCCCCGCUCGUUACUAGGAAGCGUCGGAUGUGGUGCAAGAAAACAGCUGAGAGAGUUGGGUCAAAAGUUUCCUGCUUAAACUCGGCACCGACAAUUAACGCAUAAAAUCGGUUUGCUGAUCCGUGGCAUUCACUGCUGCAAACACUGCACUCACGCCUAACCUGUAAAGUAAGCUCAGUUAAUUGGAUAUAAGAUUUUUUUUUUUUUAUUUGCCACUGAUGCUUCAUUUAUUUGUAACGGUGCCACAGAUUGGUAGCUGCACUGUGAGGGUCCACGCCCUUGAAUUAUGUUGCUGCUAGUUUCGUCUCAAAGACCUGCUUGUCAUUCAACUUUGAAUUUGGACUGUCUGGCUUCAUUGUUCUCCUAAUAUAGCGUAAUUUUAUAAAGAUAAAAAAAUGUUGCUGGCAUUUUAAUCCAACUUCUUAUUUUAAAGCAGGUUUGUUUUAAAGCCAGACUUGUUGUGUUUCUUUUGUUGAACUCAAAUGGAAAGUUGAGUUUGGUAUUAAGGAACUCUGAUCCUGGAAGGAAAGCUUGUGCUGCAAGCCAUUUUUUUGUGUCUGGAAGGGUUGAUUAAACUGAAAUCAAAUCCUA